UCUAAGGCUCCUUGUUCAGAGUCAUCAUCCUGCACUCCCGGGGGCACUUACAAUAGGGCCACAUCUGCGCUGUCUGGCCUGUUGGAGAUCCAGCACCCUCGACCUCUCCAGGUGAUGGUGCAGGCCACCGCCGCUCCUGGUGUGCAAGUGUGGGCUCCCCAAAUUGUGUAGCGGAGAGGGCUUUGGGCAACGCGUUGUCAAGCUCAGCAACGGCUGGAACCAAGCCUCGCAAUAUUGGGAAGACUCUGAAAUCCACACCCUCUGCUACUAGAGACUUUUGGAAAUCGUCUCCAGAUCUUAAGUUGUCUGAGAGGGGCACGGAGCAACUGCCGAAUCUGGAUGAAGGAAACUAUGUUUUAAGCUGAGCAGACAAAAAUCAGCCUUUGCUAGGGGCUCUGCAGCUGGAUAGUGGAGGUGGGGGUUUUGAGUCACUGGGAUGUCUCCAGCUGUUCCUGGCUGGCUCCAUCCCAGCUUCCCGCCUUGGGCGUCAUGAGUUACUUCCUGUCUUACUGCAAAACUCACGGCAGCUCUCUCCUCACCGGCUACCAGGCCCUACGUGCUGAGGGUUUCUUGUGUGAUGUGACACUGGAGGCUGAGGGCAGUGAGUUCCCAGCGCACAGGUCACUUCUGGCAUGCUCCAGCGACUACUUUAGGGCCCUGUUUAAGGGUCACACCCAGGAAUCAAGGGCUCCUGUAAUUCACCUGCAUGUGCCUUCUGCAGCCGGCCUACAGCGCCUGCUGGACUUCAUCUACACUGCCUGGCUUCCCCUCUCCUUGGACACCGUGGAGGACACUCUGGAGGCUGCCAGCUACCUGCAAGUCACCGAGGCCUUGGGGUUGUGUAGCCACUACCUGGAAUGCCAUCUUGCCCCAGAGAAUUGCUGCUUUACUGCCAAUGUGGCUGCUCGCUUUGGCCUGGCCCGCACUCUAGGUGCAGCUGAGCGCUACAUAGUGCGCCACCUGAAGGAGCUGUUUCUGAUGGGCACUGGCCCCUCGGGGCUGCUGGAACUCAAUCCUAUAUCAAUGAAGGCUGUGCUGGGUGCCCCCGACGUGGCACGGGUGACUGAGACGCAGUUGCUGGGCCUGACACUAGCCUGGCUGAGGCAGGAGCCUAUGACCCAGCGCCUGGCACACAGUUCAACACUGCUUGGAUGUAUCCACUUUGGCCUGGUGCCUGCUGGUGUGCUGCGGCGCGUGUACUCCGGGUCUGGCCUUACAUUACCUACUGGGAUCAAGGGCCUCAUCAUCCAGGCCCUCAAUUACCACACAGCACCCUCCCGCCAGCCGCUCCUGCAGGGAGAACAGACUAGUGUCCGGAGCCCCCAGACCCGCAUCUUGCUGGUUGGUGGUCUCAGGGCUAGGGAGACAGUAACUGAGGAAAUCCUGGUCUUACCGGAGGUAGUUCGAAAUCGGCGCCCUGCCCCUGAGCCAGAGGAAGAGGAGGGAGAGGAGGAAGAAGAGAUGGAGGAAGAGAAGGAGUGGGAGCUCACCCAGGAUGUAGUGUCCUUCGAUGUAUACAACCACAGCUGGCGCAGCCUGACACGGCUGCCCACACCACUGCUAGGCCACAGUGUAUGUACCACUGGCAACUUUCUAUUUGUCCUUGGAGGGGAGAGUCUUUCUGGUAGCCCAUCUAGUUCCCUGGCUGAUGGCCCAAGGCCAGUCACGGCCUUAGUGCACCGUUAUGACCCACGCUUCCACACCUGGACAGAGGUGCCUGCUAUGAGAGAAGCGAGGGCCUACUUCUGGUGUGGUGUGGUAGGAGAGUGUCUCCUGGCCGUUGGAGGCCUGGGCACCUGUGGUGAGGCGCUGGCCUCCGUGGAGAUGUACGACCUUCGCAGGGACAGCUGGAUGGCAGCUGGGGAGCUACCUCGGGCACUGCAUGGUCACGCGGGUGCUGUCGGGGACCAUGGUGUUGUGUACAUCUCCGGGGGCAAGGCCGGCACUGGUGAAGGAGGCACUAGUAGCCUCCGGGAUAUGUAUUCCCUUAGCCCCGGAGAGAAGGUGUGGAACAAGAGGGCACCCAUGGGCACAGCUCGCUAUGGGCACCACCUUGCGGUGCUGCGAGGUGCAGUGUUUGCCUUUUUGGGAAGAUAUGAGCCCUUCUCUGAGAUUGAACGCUAUGAUCCCAGCACAGACCAGUGGACUCGGUUGAGGUCACUACCCUAUGACCGCUUCUGCUAUGGACUCGCUGUGGUAGAAGAGACAGUGCUGCUGCUGGGUGGUCUCAAGUGGCGGGACUCACGCCAGGUCCCUACCCGUAACGUAGUAGGUUAUGACCUUGACUUGGACCGUUGGGAGGACAUAGGCUGUGUGCUUCCCUGGCCAUGGAGUGGCCUUCAGUGUGCAGUGCUGCAGCUGGCGGAGGGUUGGGAGGAGACAAGGGAGGGAAAGCCUGAAGAGGUGCUAGAUUUCGUGCUGAAGUGAACAGGUGAGCACGGUUUUCAGAGGAUUGAA